AUGGUCCAGCAACAGGUCUACCAUUCGUGGAAGAAGAGGACACGGCCGAACCCACAUCUCCGGCCAGCUCCGGACCUUAACCAGACGGGGGUGAUUAGGCUAACAGGUCAACAACCUGGCGAGGAAGCUAUCUCAAGUAGUCCUCUCCAGUGUCUUCUUAGUAACCGAGACGGCAAACGAACGGGCGAAGAGUUUCCGGCAAGGGAUCUUGGACAGGGAAUAGAACAUCAUCGAAUGUAUGCCUCGGAUCGUACUCGGAUCUCUAAGGAUAGAAGAAAAAGCGAGCUACCCUCGAAAACUACUCAGGAGGAGCUGACCCUAAACAGCGUCCGAGACGACCCGGAUGUCCGCGAUGCUACUCACCAUGUUGCCAAGUAA